AUGGCUAAGAACACAAAGCUUUUGGUUCUUGGCUUCAUGCUUCUCGUAGCCAUAAGUCUGUCCUCGGCGGCGAGGACCUUGAAUGAGGAAUAUGGCGGAGGAUAUGGAGGUGGUGGAGAAGGACAUGGUGGUGGAGGAUAUGGGAAGGGAGGUGGGGGUGGAGGUGGAUAUGGGAAGGGAGGUGGCGUAGGUGGUGGUGGAGGAUAUGGGAAGGGAGGCGGAGGUAAAGGUGGACAUGGUGGUGGAGGAUAUGGAAAGGGAGGUGGAGGUGGAGGUGGAGGUGGACAUGGACAUGGUGGAGGUGGUGGUGGAGGAUAUGGACAUGGUGGCGGAGGAGGUGGAGGAUAUGGACAUGGUGGCGGAGGACAUGGAGGAUAUGGACAGGGUGGUGGAGGAGGACAUGGAGGUGGAGGUGGGGGUGGACAUGGGGGUGGACAUGGACAUCCUUAG